AUGUCGGAGAAGAUCGCAGUAAGGGGCCGAAGAAGCCGAACUGGAGAAGCCGGUUUAAAUUUUCCGCCUCCGGAGGACACCGGAGAGGGAGCGCAGAAGCAGAAUGAUCAACAACACCUUGCUCUGCCCUUCCCCCCUCCUAUUCCCCUGGACACGGGUCUUUCUGAAAGCAUCAGGGUUGGCUUUGUAGAGGAACCGCAGUGGCAGCUUGUUGAAAGGAUGCUUCCUGCUGAUAUGCCAGAAUUCGUUUCCUCCUGCGCUCGUUUACUCUUAAUGAAUGACUCUCCAAAGCACCAGUUUGGAGGUGCCUGGGUUUUUGCAACUAUGGUGUCUGGGACUUCUGAGCAUGUGAAACUGGUGGUUAAUGAUGACUAUGCUGUCCAGCGUUUGAUAGAGCUCCUCAGUUCUCCCUAUGAUGAUGUUCGCGAGCUGGCUGUAUUGACAUUGGGAAACAUUGCUGGUGACGAGGUUUAUCAUGACGCUAUUUUGAUGAAAGACGCUUUGGGUCCAUUGCUGAAACUGUUUUGUAGGAAGGCACAACUUUCAAUUCUGAGAAUUGCGUCGUUUACAUUGUUCAACUUUUGUCGGCGCAAACCUAAAUCUGAUGUGCUUCCUGCCUUUCCUGUUCUUAUGAAACUUGUUUUUGUUGGGGACAAGUAUGUGCGAACAUAUGCUUGUUGGGCACUGUCAUUUAUAUCUGACGGUUCGGAGGAUAUAAUCAAGGAUUUAGUUCGGAAUGGCAUCUAUUUACAACUUUUGAAGCUUCUCAAAGAUCCAUCGGCUGAUGUACAAAUUCCCGCACUUCGUGCAGUCAGGAAUAUUGCGAGAGGAGAUGAUAGUCAGAGACAGUGUUUGAUUGACGGUGGGCUGCUACAUUGCUUGCGAGCUCUUUUGAUUACUGAUGUUGAAAGCAUCAAGAAAGAAGCUUGUCGGACCAUCUCUGCUAUUACUGAAGGAAAUGAGACACAGAAUCAGGCGUUGAUUCAAGCUAAUUUGAUCGGGCCUUUAAUCCAUGCAUUCAGUUCUGACUCUGAUGAUUUAAGAGGAGUGGCUGGGCAGACUAUCAUAGAUGUUAUUUCUGGGGGAUGUCGUUUUGAAGACAAGGUUGAUGGAUUGGAGGGCUUUAUAAAGCCAUUGUGUGAUCUUCUCAGGAGUGAAGAACCGGCGAUUAUUGGAUUGUGUUUAGAUGGUCUGGCAAAAUUAUGCGAGCCUAGUGAAAUGGAAAAGGAGUGCCCUGGAAACUAUAAUUUUUUCGCAAGACUGAUUGAUGCAGCUUCUGGUUUUGAUUACAUCAACGACUUGCGAAGGAACAGCGAAGACAAAACUAUCUGUCAAAAAGCAUCCAUGGUUUGGGGGCCGAUGUUUCAGCAGGCAACAGAAGCUGAUUCGAGUUUCUGUUUAGGUAGGUUUAAGUACGAUAUGUCUGUUGGAGAAGCUAAACAGUUGGCAAAAGAAGCCAUCUGCCCUGCUGCGUAUGGAGCUUCUGAAUGUGGUGAUUACGUGGGUGCUAGAUUUGAUCAAAGUAAACAAGCCAAAUCACUACUAAUGGAGGCUGCUAUGUCGUUGAAUCCACUGGUUAGACUGCCGGGAAUUUCUUCUUCCGGUGGUGAAGACUCAUUUCUAGUGAGGCAUUCUUUUUUCUCAAAUGGGAAUUCUCUGAAGAUUAAUAAUCAGAGGCAGAGACAGCAACGUUUCGUAGUGGAAGCCAAAGGGAAGAAAGGAAUGGCAGCUCGGCAGUACCAGCGCACCCCACCACCUCCUCUGCCCAAGAUUGAAGAUGAUGGCAAUCCCCGUUUUGUUAUCUUCAUCCGUAUGGCCAAUGUUUAUCUUUGGUAUCCUCUGAAUCUGGUUACUGGUGGAACUACUGCUAAAAUCAUGGUGGCUGCAAAAGACAACUUCCUCGGCAAAUACAUCUACAAGGAUACUAUUGCUAGGAAUCUCGCAGCCGUUGUUUACAGAGAUGAGAAAGAAAUACAGAAGAUGGCAAUGAAACAACAUCGUGUUCUGAGGUCGGCUACUGAAUUCAGAUAUGGUUACAAACUUGUUGAAAACAACAAUUUGAGGGCUGCUCUUGCUAGCAAUGAUGUUAUUGAGCUCCCAAGGAAAGAAGAGCUUAAAACAGUCUUAGAUAAAGUCAAGGAUUUCUUUGGGGAUGCUAAGGAGUCCUUUGGGAAGCUCACAUCCCUAAAUCCAGAAGCUGAGCAGGCGGAGGAAGAUAGUAAAGAAGAACCAAAAGCAAAAGCAAAGUCUACUGUGAAAGGCUGA